UAAUUCUAAUAUAUAAAGUAUGAUCCCUCUGUCACCUUACCUCCAUCCAGGAUAAAUCCAAGAAAUUAAUCGAAUUUCCUAAAUCUCUUCUUAUCACAAACCCACUCGCAAUGGUCUCCAAAAUCAUCCUUGAAACUCCCCCAACUAAAGAUGUCAACUUGGCAUGGGGCAAAACCGACUCCACCUUCAAGAUUGUCGAUGCUGAACUCCCAGCUGUCCAGGAUGGUGAGUUGAAGAUCAAGGUUUUGUACCUCUCUAACGAUCCUACUCAAAGAAUGUGGAUCUCUGCUAACCAGGACCCCAAAAGACAGUACUUGCCUCCUAUCUUGAAGGGUGACGCCAUCAGAACUUUGGGCUUGGGUGAAGUGCUUGAGUCUAAGUCUGACAAAUACGUCAAAGGUGAUGUUAUUAGUGGCGUCUUCCACUGGGGUGAUGAGGUUAUCAUUCCAGAGGCCAGCGUCAGCGCCAAGGUUGACAAGUCGCUUCCCUACGAAUGGUACUUGUCUGCUAUCGGCCUCACUGGAUUAACUGCCUACUUCGGAUUGAAGAACAUUGGUCAAUUCAAGGAAGGCCAAACCGUGCUCAUCUCUGCUGCUUCUGGUGCCACGGGCUCCAUGGCUGUCCAGCUUGCCAAGCACUUCUUCAAGGCGUCCAAGGUUGUUGGUAUUGCCGGCUCUGACGAGAAAUGUAAGUGGGUUGAAUCGUUGGGUGCUGACCUCUGUGUUAACUACAGAGAUGCUGACUACAAAAAGAAGAUCGAUGACUUUAUCGGUGACGAGCACUUUGAUGUUUACUACGAUAAUGUUGGUGGCGAAAUGUUGGACUAUGCAUUGAAGCGCACUAAGAGAUACGGCCGCAUCAUUGCCUGCGGUGCCAUCUCUGGCUACAACGACAAGUCUAAAAUGGAUGUUACUGCAUGGGGUGAAAUCAUCAGUAACCGUUUGAAUGUGCAAGGCUUCAUUGUUUUCGACUUCUUCUCGGAGUUCCCUGAGGCUAUUAAAGAUAUUGUGGCAGUUAUCAAGAGUGGAAAGGUUACACCAGAGGAAGGUGUCCAUGUCGAGGACGUGUCGAAAUUCGACAAGCCUCUUGAGAAGGUCCCUGAGGUGUGGUACAAGUUGUUCACGGAGGAGAAGCCAAGAGGAAAGUUGUUGACCAAGUUGGCUUAAGUCUUUGGUUCGCCCCCGCGCUCCAAAAGCUUUAAAGGUUCAAUCUUAUAGGUAAGUUUUGAAAUUUCACGAAUUUACGAAUCAUUUCUUGAAAAUCGUAAUUUUUGUAGACGUCUUCAAAGGAAUGGAAGUUGCUUCAAUACUGCAGCUGCGGUGUUCAAGUACACCAUCACCGUUAUCGUAUAGUUUUCUUUUCCCUGUAUUUCUAAAAUGUGUUUUCAUAUCCACUAAUU